ACGCCUCCUCCUCCUCCUCUUCCACUUCUCCCCUUGCAAUUAGCUUUGUGCGUGCAGCCCUAGGGGCUUUUCCCUCUCUGUUUCCACCUUCUCUAGGAAGGGGAACGUGUUAUUCCAAGGCCAGUUGACAUGUUCACUUGAGUGUAUGUGCCUACAGAUAUCUGGCGUGCCUGGACUUGGAAAUCAACGUUUGAUAUGCAAGACAAAAGACUUGAGACAGCGAGAACAACUUUUUGAAUAGGAGAGAAGAGAAACAAACGAGCAAACAGGCUUUAUGCUGAAGCUCAGAACAGUAAGGGAGAAAACUGUGUAUAACUGACCAGAGAAUCUCAAUGAAACCAGAACAACCUGGCUUUUGGAAAAAAAGCUAUUGAAGCCUCCAAGUUUGCUCUGAUCAGCUGGUUCUGUCCCUUUUGAUAUUGUUGCUUCUGGAUCAGAAAUUUUCUUUGCUUCAGAGUGGAAUGGUAGAAGAAGGUAGAAGCCGGGGAGAUCGAGCUCCCUGUAGUGGCAGGCAACAGAGAUCUCCACAUUUUCCUUCCUCAUCACAACGGGGCAUUUCAGUGGUAAGCAAAGCAGUAUGGAGUGUGGCACGAACAGGGAAUGGAUGGCAUUUUGAGCAAGCUGUUGGAGUAGAUUGUAGUUUGCCGGAACCCCGUUGCAUCUGGCUGACAAGUUUGCGGAACAAUGAUGCUGAAUGUUGGGAGAGACGAUGGCGGCGUGCUGGAGCAAUGAUGGCCUGGCAGAAAUGCCAGGCACGACCCAGGAGGGCCAGGAAGCUCACGCCAAAACUGGUCCAGAGGGAUGGUACAGCCACAAAUGCCAAUGCGCCCCCCGUGGAGUCCUUUCCCUGGGUGGGACCAAAGACAGUGGUGCUGCACAAGAACCUUCAGGGCGGUUAUGGCUUCACUCUCCGGCAUUUCAUUGUCUAUCCCCCAGAAUCAGCUGUACACACCAACGUGAAGGAAGAAGAAAAUGGAAACAGAACAGCGCCUCCACGGAACCGGUUGGAACCCAUGGACACCAUCUUUGUCAAAAAUGUAAAGGAAGAUGGGCCAGCACACCAGGCUGGUCUCCAGACAGGAGAUCGACUAGUUAAAGUAAAUGGUGAAAGCAUCAUUGGGAAAACCUAUUCACAGGUUAUCAGCCUCAUACAGAACUGUGAAGAUGCUUUGGAACUCUCCAUUAUGCCAAAAGAUGAGGAUAUUCUGCAACUGGCAUAUUCUCAAGAUGCAUACUUAAAGGGCAAUGAACCAUACUCUGGAGGGGCACAGAGCAUUCCUGAGCCACCACCUAUAUGCUAUCCUCGUAAAAAUUAUCCAUUUCAGUCAAGACGGGAUGUUUCAACAGCUGAAAUUUACCAGGGACAACAGGUGGAUAAUAGGCAGUCCUAUCAUUCAGGGUCCUCAGGCCCAUCUUCUCCUUUGAAUAGCACUGCAGUUCACAAAACUCAUUUAAGUGCCUGGACUGAAUCCAAACAAAAUUUCGCUAGCAACCAUUCCAGUCCUGCCCAUUGUACAGAGGAGGUCCAGUAUGGAAUGACUCAACGGGCACCUAUUCCAAGGCAUAUCCCAGCUUCUGGUUCUUUCUCCCAGUACCCCAAUAGCACUUGUCCAGGUUCUGUAGCCUCUCCCUCACCUUACAUUCCUUCCACUUACUCUAUGCCCAACCACAGCUGCUAUGGACCCCCCAAACAUCUUCCUGAUCAUCACCCACAUGGUGGAUUGAAGGAUGCUCAUCGUGAGGGCAGGCCCUCACGGGAAUGCAUUCGAGCUGGACCCAAAUCUAUUAGCCGUCUAGAAUGCCAACAGGCCUUGUCCAACUGGAUCUCAAGUCAAGUACCACGGCGAAGCUCUUCAGAGGAGAGAUGCAGUGCUAUGCCACCUCGUUACCGAAGUGUAUCUCAAGACCAUCUGGGAGAUGUUUUGUCCUCCCGGGGAUGGUCUCAUAGUGCUUCCCAAGAAACUUUAAUUCAGUCUUCAGCUCAUGAUAACUGGAGUUACCGCGCAAGAUCAGAUAACUAUCUGGUGAAAUAUGGGCAAUCCAUGGAAGCUCUUGAACAGGCUGAUUUGGUUUCUCCUAGUUAUGGGAGGUGCAUAUUGCCAUCAGACAGGUUUUACCAGCAUGGGCAAAUUAACCGAGCCCAGCCUAAUCAUCCAAGUACUUGUAUUCCUUCUGCCUCUUCUAGAGAUCCUCCCUCUGUACAUGUGCAAAAACAUCCUUCUCAGCCCAACCUCCAGAGCAUUGAUGACUCUGGUUAUAUUGGCUACCGAAGCUACAGCCCUUCAUUCCAGCGUCGGACUGGCUUGCUCCAUGCUCUUUCUUUCCGCGAUGCUACUUUUGGAGAUCUUCCAACAUUUAAUAUUUCUCAAAGGCAGUUGAGUCACUCAACACCAUCUUACGUUGAGAAGUCUUUGCCUACUGCUGUGCUUUCAAGUGCUCCUUCUACUUGUCCAGACCCUUUCCUGGACAGCAGCCCAGAGAUCCUAAUGGACCAAAGAUCAGCCAAACAGGAGAAUGAUGUGAAAUCCUUUGAGCAGAUUUCUUCAUCUCAAGCUAUAGAACCACCACAAUCUGAUGCUGAGGAGAGAAAAGAUGAAGUGGUUCUUCGACAGAAGCCCCCAACAGGACGUAAAAUGCCUCCUCCUGCAAGACAGAUGAAUUUUGUCUUCCCCAGUGAUCUAAAGGAAACAGACAUUUGUGAUCCACCUGCUCCGGCGCCGGCAGCCAAUAAAGAAAACAAGAGGGGUGUGGCCCCUUUGGCUACACCAGAGGAUUCACUUGCAUUCAUCCCAUUUAUUGAUGAACCGACAAGCCCCAGCAUUGAUCUGAAGGCAAAGCACAUCCCUGCUUCCUCUGUUGUUUCCAGUGCCAUGAAUUCUGCCCCGGUGCUCUCUGCUAGCCCUUCUUCACCUACCUUCACCUUUGCCAUGAAUCGCCAUUAUUCCCAGGAUUGUAGCAAUAUCAAAGCCAGCCGUCGAUCUUCCUACCUCUUAGCCAUAACCACAGAACGCUCCAAGUCAUGUGAUGAUGGUCUGAAUACAUUUCGGGAUGAGGGAAAACUUUUAAGGAGAUUGCCAAGUCGUGUACCUAGCCUACGUAUGUUAAGAAGUUUCUUUACUGAUGGGUCUUUGGAUAGCUUGGGUACCUCUGAAGACACACGUUCAAAGAGGCAUUCCACCUCUGAUCUUUCGGAUGUCACUUUCAGUGAUGUGAGGAAAGAGGGCUGGCUCCACUAUAAACAGAUCCUCACCAAAAAAGGCAAAAAAGUUGGCGGAGGCAUCCGGCAAUGGAAACGGGCCUUUGCUGUCCUGCGUGCACACUCGCUCUACUUAUGCAAGGACCGAAGGGAGGCUGUGGCCCUUGCCCCGCCCCCAGGUGAGGAGGAGCAGCCACCAAUCAGCAUCCGAGCGUGCCUGGUAGACAUCUCCUACAGUGACACCAAGAGGAAGCACGUCUUCCGGCUGACGACCGCUGACUUCUGUGAAUGUCUCUUUCAGGCCGAGGACCGGGAUGACAUGCUGGCCUGGAUUAAAGCCAUCAGGGAGAGUAGCAAAGCCGAGGGCGAGGACCCUGGGUUUGCAAGCCAAGCACUGAUCAAUAAGAAACUAAAUGAUUACCGAAAAGUGAGUUCCUCAGGGACCAAACCAGAUUCUUCCCCCAAAGGUCUUCGAGUGUCAGGGAUGAAGUCAGAAGGCCAGAAGCAAACAGGAAUAGCUCCACCCUACUCCCCACGACAAGAUGGAGUAACAGUAAAAGAUGACACUGUUCCUCAGAAAGCACCUUGGGGCAUCAACUUAAUGAAGAAAAGCAAGAAACCUCUUCCAAGAGCAUUUGGUAUAAAGUUAGAAGACUGCCAGCCAGCUCCUGACAACAAGAAAAUCCCCUUGAUUGUGGAAGCCUGUUGCAAGGUAGUGGAAGACAAAGGUUUAGAAUACAUGGGCAUCUAUCGAGUCCCAGGGAACAAUGCUGUGGUAUCCAGCCUACAAGAACAACUAAACAAAGGGGCAGCAGAAAUCAACUUGCAAGAUGAGAGAUGGCAGGACUUGAAUGUUAUUUGCAGCCUCUUGAAGUCCUUCUUCCGGAAGCUCCCAGAGCCUCUGUUUACCGACGAUAAAUACAAUGACUUUAUUGAAGCCAACCGGAUUGAAGAUGCCAGUGAAAGGAUGAAAACCUUACGCAAACUGAUCCGGGAUUUGCCAGGCCAUUAUUAUGAGACUCUCAAGUUCCUGGUGGAACACCUCAAGACAAUUGCAGACCAUUCUGAGAAGAAUAAGAUGGAGCCGCGGAAUCUUGCCUUGGUAUUUGGUCCCACGCUAGUUCGAACAUCGGAGGAUAACAUGACUGACAUGGUGACACAUAUGCCUGAUCGCUAUAAAAUCGUGGAGACCCUCAUACAACACUCAGACUGGUUUUUCAGUGACAAGGAAGAAAAAGGUGAAAAGACCCCUAUAGAUGAACAAGAGGCCCAGUCAAUGCCAAAUAUUGAAUACCUUCUACCCAACAUUGGAAGAACAGCAGCAUCAGGAGAUGCUUCAGAUUCAACUAAUAGUGGAUCAGCUAAAUCAAAGGCUUCAUGUGGCUCACGGAAAGAGCACUACCAUAAAGAGAUGCUUGCCAUCUCCUUCAUCUCAGCCGUCAACCGCAAGAGGAAGAAGCGGAGAGAGACCAAGCGUUUUGGGAGCAGCACAGAUGAUGAUUCUGAGCAUGAGUCAGCUGUCAAGAGAGACGAGGAGGAGGAGGAAGAAGUGGCUCAGGAGGAAGAAAGAGAGGCUGAAAGAUUCGAGAGUAGCAGCAGAGCUCCAGUUCCUGAUGUGCAGGAAGUCUUCCAAAGCCGAGCAAAAUUAGAAGCAGAGCAAGUAGAAAGAAAAGUGGCACCUCGAGGAAGCCCAGAGUUGGCCCUGGAUGCCCGCUCAAUUGUAUCAGGUUACUCCACUCUGUCUACCAUUGAUCGCAGCCUAUGCUCUGAGGUGCAGUCAGUAGCAGAGAGCCGUGGGGAGGAGGCAGAUGAUGAGCGGAGUGAAUUUAGCCAUGUGGAGACAGAUACUGAGAAUAGCUUUGUGCCAAAACAGCCUGGGAUGCUUCCCAAAGGAGCUGGUGUGGCAGUAGUAGAGGAAGGGGGGGCUGCUGCUUCUGAAAAGAUAUCACACAACCGAACCUCCUUUAGUUCCCAUCACCUCAUGCAGUGUGACACUUUGGCACGGCGCAAACUUUUGCGGCCCCGACACAAUAGUGAGUCUUCUUCCAAGGGUAGCACUGAUGUCCCAAGUUCCAGUUCCCCAGGCAGUCAAGAGUCAUUGCAGCCUGUGGGUGCCCCUGAGGUCCACACCCGACUUUCCCUCACAGAACAACUUCGACUCCGCCUCCGCGGCUCUGCAGAUGACAUGCUGGCUGUGCGCCUGCGAAAGCCACAUUCACCUGAGACACGGCGCAAGAAGAACAGUUGGCGGCGCCAUACUGUAGUGGUCCCUGGUGGUCUCAAAGACCUCAAUUAUGAGUGGAAGGAACAACAUGUAUUGGGGACUACUGAAGCUGGUCCACUAGACUCCUCGAAUAGAGGUGCGCUAAGGGACAACAAAGACUCUGGGCUUAGCAGCCUAGAGUCAACCAAAGCUCGGUCUUCCUCAAUCACACCAGGGAACAUGACAGUUCCUAACCAGCAGAGUGAGCCACAGCAUCGUAAAGGCAGCUCUGAGGGGCGUUCAGCUCCCCGACGUACAGCCUCUUUACGUUUCCACCAAUGUCUUUAGGUAGCCUUUUGUUGAAGCUCUUGUAGAAUGGAUGAAAGGAAAACUUGGCUUGCCCAUGGUAACAGCCUUGUCUUGAGAAUGGAGGAGGGUGCUCAUAGAUGCAGCCACACUUGAAAGUUCCCAGUACUGGCCUUACUUUGUCUUUUUUCAUACCUCGAUCUUCAGUGGAGCAAGAAACUCUCCUCCUACCUACCCCAUACCUAUCCUUGCUUUCUAUUUCCCCCAGAUAUUAAUUUAAUCACACCAUGGUUUUGUGAUUUGUGAAUUUAUUUAUUCUCCUCUUUCCUUAUCCCCAGGAUGGCAGUCAAAAACGAAACAAAACAAAAAAGCUGAGGUAGGUCUGAUACAAGGAGGGCCAUUCAUUCAGCCCAUUGAAAAAUCUUGAUUUGGGAUUGACUAGAGUUAUCCAAUUGAUGGGAUAAGCAGCUUCAUCCCUGCUUCAAAAUUCUGGGUCUGCAAAUAAAGGAUAUUUUUGGAGGAGGAGAGAAUCAAAUAGAAUUCCUCCAGUUAAUUUUCCUAAUUUUCAUUAGUCCCUGGUACCUCUUUUCUGUAUUUAUUUGAAAGAGGCCUUGGAACUGGGCAAACCAGAUCAGAGAUAUUCAUGAAUUGAACCCACUUCCAUUUAAUCACUGCUGUGGGUUCACAUUUACAUGAUGGAUUCCUCUCUACCCAAAGUUCCUCUCACUGUUAUCUAAGUGGCAGUUGAUGAUGUUGGGAGGUUUUGAAUGUUCCCCUAAAAAUAUCCAUUGCUCCUUUUCUACCUUUCCUCUAGAAAAGCAAAUUCCAAAAUCUUCCAUCUAUCAUAGCUUGGCCUUUGUCAGGUUCCUACAGGGAGGGUUAUAUUAUCUUGACUUCUAGCACAUGCAUCAAAAUCUUGUAGAUAUAAGCAAACUCAGGAUUAUGUAUGGUAUAGUCUCAGCUGCACUUGAAGACUGUUUCAUGUGAAAACUGCAGAGGUAUAAUGGUCCCUGAAAGAUGCAUAAUCUCUACCACAUGUAAAGGGCACUGCUGUUUUCCUCCUCCUCCUAAAGCACGGGUGUCAAACUCGAUCGCGUCAUGUGACGUAUCACAAUGUUUUUGCCUUUGCGGAGCCGGGGUGGGCGUGGCCUGCACAUGACGCAUCUGGCCCACAAGCCACCAGUUUGACAUCCCUGCCCUAAAGUGAUGUCGUCUCUAAUUUUCAAAAGUCACAAAGAGAUUUAUGGCAUCACAUUAUCUGAUGCAUUGCAGCUUUGGCUUUGAAAGCUUUGGCUGCAAUAAAUCUGCUGGCAUUUAACAGCAUCUCAAAAUGCUUUGGUUUUUUUGCAAGACUAACAUGAUAUAUACAACUGAUGAUAUGAAUUCUAAAUGAUACAGUACUAAAUGGUACAACUCACUGUGCCUUUAAGAAUAUAGUCCCAUUUUUUUGCUUAGCUCAUCUAAGAUUUUCUUGUAAGUCUUAGCUAAGGAUGCAAACUUUUUCCAGACUGAUUUUUCCUUUCAGGCUGUGACAGUAUCCCCAUUUGAAUAGCACUCUCUGCUCCUAUCCCCUCAUAACAGAUAGUACAGUCUAGGGGGAAACAGAUGUGAUUAAUACCAUUAACACAAUAUUGUAUGCAGAAUACAUGAGGGCAGUAUUUUAGGGAGAAAAUUAGUUUAUGCAAAUGAUAAUUGUGUGGAGUGAAUCACCUGCUAAGGUGGCAUAUGUGUACCUUGUUUUAGUUAACAGUGCUUUUCUAUGUGACCUCCUAUGUUCAGUGGGAGAAAGGAUGAGUACAGGCGCUAUGUGAUUUUGGGGUUUGGAAAAAAGCAAGAAGAGGUAGAGGAAAAACACACCAGGGCCCUGUGCAGAUGUGCCAAAAAGGAGCCUCAGUGAUUUUUUAAAAAAAAUAUUUUAGAAUUUCCAGAGCAUAAGUUGACAUGAUUCAAUUCAAGCCUUUGUUAUGAUGAAAGGCUGAAAUGUCAAGUCCGUGCCAUUCUCUUCUUUACCGGUAACUUCCACAACUCACUCUUUCUCACAAAAGAGCAAUAUUUGAUUUUCAUGGUGCUACAUUUAUUUUCAACAGUGUCUUUCUCUUUAGUUUUCUCAUUAUACCACAUGGAAGUAAACCAAGGAGCCAUUUUAUUACAUGUUGCUGAUCAAGUAGGGUUUUCCAUUUUGCUCUUCCUUGCAAUUCCUUCAAAAUAAGAGACUUAACAUUUGUUUUUUUAUCUUGUGGAUAUAAAAGAUUCCCCCACCUUAUGUCUCUGUAGAAUUUCAUUUGGUCAUAAAAGCAGGAAGUAUUCUUGUGAUGAAUAAAUAUGAGAGAUGAUCUUUUAAGAUACAUGUUUUGGUGUUUAAUAGUUACUACUUCACCCCUUAUGCCUCAAUACAAAAUUCUUACCCCCUUGGAAGGAGUUGCAUAACUUUUAAGAAAAAAAAUGUUGCUGCGAAAUAACUUUCUCCACUUUCCUGUCAAGAUAUAUUUUAAUUGAAAAAGAAAAUGAAAAAGUCAUUGGGGGGGGAACCAAAUCAAAAUCCUGACAUUCUUGAAAUUCACUGGGUGUCUCAGAGCAAAGUACUCUUUCUGCAAAAUAAUAAUAAUAGUGGCAAAUUACUCUUGAAUUUCAAUAUUUGCUGAUACAUUCCAAAAUCGUAAUCACUGAAUGAAAAAAGGAAAUAUCAUUUUCAUGGAAAUAAUUCUCUUACCACAUGUUGUGUUGUUUUGUUUAUGUAUCUUAUUCCAGGUAUUACACACGGAUGACAUUCCAGUUGUAACACCAAAUAUAAGUCUCAGGCUUAAAAAAGUCAAUGAAUAUAUUAGGUUAUAAUGCAAAACCAAUACACAAGAAGAACAGGCAAGGGACAAGAUGUCCUUGGUUAAGGAUAGAUUUCAAUGCUGGUCUUGCUUAUAUUAAAUGCACCACCUAAAUGGGUAUGCUACACUGGUUAUAUACAUGGUGCAGUACAUUUUUCACUAUAGUCUGCCUAGCUCAUUCUAUGAUGUCUGUGGUUUAAUGACAGAUGGCUAUUUUUGUAGGAAGGGUUAGCUGUAGGUUAAUUCUUUGUAAAGAUGUUAUCAUGAAGAAAUGCUUUUGUAUCUGGACUUUUUAAGAACAAAGUGCAUUAAAGUUGAUGGUUUCUCUCCGCCAACAUCGACAGCAACACUAGGCACUAAAUGUCACACUUUGACCCAAUGCCAUAUUACAGUCCCUGCAGGGUUGCAAUGUUAUAUUUUCAGGAAGUAUGUGUCACCACAGAUGUAGCAGUAGGACCAAAACAGAAUGACAAUGAAUGGGAGCUUGCCAGCUUGAUAAUUAUUCCAAGUAUUUUAUUUUUAAAGGGGGCGGUGGGAAGCAAUUUGUGUUUUGGUGCAAAACUGAGGUCCUGUUUAUACAGCAAGAUCAAGAUCCUAUUGGUUACUGAUUCUCCACUUGUAAAGUUGCAAAGUCAAAGAUAAAACUCAUUCUGUAACUUCCUAACCAAGAACAGAACAGGCCUCUCAAACCUGCCUUCAUUUACACUGUGAAAUGAAAGCGUCAGGAGUACUGUCUGUCUUGAUUAAGCUAGUCUUGGUGGCUUGGUAAUUGAACAGGUAAAAACAGUUUUAAAGCACACUGUAUGUAGCAGCUAUACCAGGGGUGUCAAACUGGAUUUCUUUGGGGGCUGGAUCAGCAUUUUAGUUCCUCGUGGCCCUGCCGGGAGAUGGGAUGGAUGCCUCCUGCAGCACCCUGCCAGGCAAAAUGGGAUGCAGGGAGCCUGUGCAUGGGGGUCUGAUGCCCCGUUUUCAGCCUGGAUGGCCUCCAGCACUUUGCCAGCCAAAUCAUUAUGUGGGGUGAUGCAUGUACCCACCCUUGCAUCCCAUUUGGCCAGCAGAGUGCUGCAGGAGGCUGUCCAGGAUGAAAUGGGGCACCCCCCUCCCAUUUUGGCUGCCAGAGGCAUCGCAGGCUGGUCCUUUGCUGUUUCCAGGCCUGCACCACAGGCUAGAUUUAAGCACUCUGCGGGCCGGAUCUAUCCCACGGGACUCGAGUUUGACACCCCUGAUCUAUACUGAACUUUCAAACAUUCAAACAUCCUUUUUGAACUGUCACAACCAUCUUUAUAAGUUACCUGAUAGAAUUUGCAGUGAUUAUAAAGAGAUGCAAAACAAUCCCACAUGAAAUUCGACCAACCUCUUGCCUCUGGAUCUGGGCAAGUGACUGGUGCUUUACAUGGCCCCAGCUCCCUUCCCUUAAAAACUUGCAGCAUAUUGUAGCCAGUGGUGUCAGGGGUAUGUGUCAAAAAGUCAAGAUGGUUUGUGUGAUUCAACAAUUGAAGCUGUGUGAUGCAUGAUAAAAAAGAGGCAGAGUUUCCAUUGUGCAGGUGCAACAUUUCCCUCAUACGAUCUUGACUUUUUGAACAAUCCAUGCUGGUGGAUAUUCCUGAUUAUCUCUUGGGUUGUUAUUUAAUAAUAAUGGCUCAAUGACUGUCUUUGUAUAUGAUUUUUUUUUUAAAAAACCAUUUUGCAAUCAUUCUUAAGGAUUCAUUGUCUCACUGGCAGUGUAUGUGUGAAAAAGCAUCUCUUUUGCUCACAACUGGAUUCUCCCUUCCAGACAAAAUCCAUCAGAUUGAGACUACCCAGUUCCAUGUGAAGUAGAGUUGGACUGCAAGCUAAAGUGGUGGUUUAACUUCAAAAAUUUCAAUUGAAGUCAAGGUAUUACAGAAGUGCCUCCUUGGUGCUGUCAAAUGGCAGCUGUUUUUUAUAUUCAUCUGGUGUGAAACAUAUGAAAAAAGGACAGAGCUAUGAUCAUCUACUUGCAGCUACCAUGUUGACUUCUCUUCAAGCCCUUCUUACAAGCAUACCUGUUUCAUUUUUUUGUUGUUGUUCUAAGGGAGGCGUCCCCAGUUGUUUAUAUGUGCCUUUCAUGAGAAGACUUCUUUCCCUAUUUGUUACAGGCUCUUCAGUGUCUGGUGGUUGAAGUGUUAGCCUAAGAGGUGGUCAAUAAAUGUAUAAAAUGUAUUAAAAUAUUUCAUUGAGGUAAACAAUCUUAAAAACUUCAAAUUUUAAUGGUUCACGUGACUCCAUUACUGCUUCUGCUUGUAAACAUUCUUUGAAACUUGAAAUCUCACCUAGGAUUUAGGUAAUUGUAUGUCUCCUCUGCAAAACACCCAUCUAUCUUCUAGUGUUGGCCUGUUUGUGACUUUGAAAGUCAAUCCCUAACGGGAUGUAAAGGACUUAAACUCUGUGCUAUUGGAAACAUAAAAGGAAGGUAAACCACAAAGCACCAAAACUACAACUUCCCUAAUAGGUGUACAGUUUGUGCUGUAUUUGAAGAAGCAGAAAAUUUGUCUCUGCUUUGCUCUGUCUUCCAUGUGUUCUAAGUAUGUGUCUUACCACAAUUCCAUUGAGACUUCGAAAAGGAGCAUGUAGAUGUGUGCAGGUGUGGAAUUUAAAACUGAACAAAAUUAAGUAGUUGGCUGUACUGUAAUACGUUGUCCUUAUCCUUUUAUGCAACUAUGUGCUGUAAAGUUUUAUUCACCUUUUUCACAUUUAUUUUGUAAAUAGCUUUUACAUGUGUAACAUAUGAUAAAGAGUUUAUAAGGAUUUUAAGGGGAGUGGGGGAAGCCCAAGACUUUUAUUUUUUUUUUCCUUUUUAAAAUGGAAGUUAUACAACCGUAGAUAUUUUGGUGGUGUUUUUUUUUUUU